AUGAAUCCGGUACAAUUCCUAAUUGAAUUACCGCCACAUCCGUUGUUCACAAAGGGGGUAUUACCAUUUUUAGAGCAUUAUGGUAUUGUCAGGUCACAGGUACUAUUGGAUUACCUGCCUUUGAUCACUUAUGUUGGUUUAUUCUACCAUUGUUGGUAUCUUCUGGGUAAGCACGUGAUUUUUCCAUGGUUGGUAAAAGUAACCAAGACUAAUCGGCCACAGUGGUUGCUUGCUCAGAGUGCAGUGCAUUUAGUGUCAGUCGUACAAUCUUUUGUGAUUCUAUCGUUGUGCUAUCGGUCGUAUCCAUUGCACACGAGAGUAACUCACCCGACUGCAGUUGACCGUGUUUUUGAAAUUACUGAAACAAACUGUGUUGUUGCGUCAUUUGCUAUUGGCUAUUUUGUUUGGGAUACCAUAAUCUCUUUUGUGCAUAGUUCGUUUCCUUUUGUGUUGCAUGGCGCUGUGUCUAGUACUGUGUUCCUUAUUGGGAUGAAGCCGUACAUUAAUUACUAUGGAGCCAUGUUCCUUUGGUUUGAGCUUUCAAAUCCGUUUCUCAAUCUUCGUUGGUUCCUUGCACAUUUUAUGUCUGAUGAUGUUAUAGCACGUCACCCUCGUCUUUCGAGGAUGUGCUCUAUGUUGAAGUUCGUCAAUGAUGUGGUGUUCAUCACUGUGUUCUUCGGAGCUAGAAUCGUUUAUGGUUACUACAAAAUAGUGGAGCUUGCACUUGACUUUUACUCCGUCCGGCAUCAUCCCAACUUCCUUCCGUUGGAGACUGCAUUUAUCCUAAUAGGCAAUCUUAUCUUGGACCUGCUUAACGCUAUUUGGUUCUGGACCAUGCUAAAGAUUGCGAAACGUACGAUAUCUAAAAGAUACAAGCCCACCAAGUCCUUGUAUAAAUCCACAUGA